AUGACUGAAAUAGGGACCAAAUUAAAUGCUAGAAUAGAUAACCAGGAUGAGAACAUUAGAAACAUCCGGAUGUCCCAAAUGAGUUUAGAGAAACAAGUUGCACAAGUGGCUAAUUCUUUGAACUUGCGUCCCCAAGGUGGGCUGCCCGGCGAUACUGAGCCCAAUCCAAAGCAAUUGCAUGCGGUAAGCACUAGAAGUGGGUUGCAAUUAGAGGAACUAGCUCCAAAGAAAAGAGACACUGAGGGUAUCCUGAAGUAUGCUAAAUACAUGAAGGACAUAGUGGCCAACAAGAGAAGACUCACUGAAUAUGAAACUGUAGCACUUACUGAGGAGUGCAGCUCAAGGAUUCAAAAUAGAUUGCCCACAAAGUUAAAAGAUCCGGGUAGUUGUACUGUGCAGAUUACAAUUGGCCAAAGUGUUCACGCCCGGGGGUUGUGUGAUUUGGGGGCAAGUAUAAACUUAAUGUCUCUAUCUUUGUACCAAAAGCUUGGGUUAGGUAGUCCAAAGCGAACCACUGUUAUUCUCCAACUUGCAGAUAGAUCCAUUGCUAGGCCAGAAGGGGUGGUGGAAGAUGUGUUAGUGCAAGUAGAUUCAUUGAUUUUUCCAGUAGAUUUUGUGGUCUUAGACUUUGAACCCGAUUAUGAAGUCCCAUUUAUCUUGGGACGACCUUUCUUGGCUACGGGUAGGGCAUUGAUUGAUGUAACAGCUGGUCAACUAACCAUGAGAGCACAUGAUAAGGUGGAGGUAUUUGAUGUUUAUCGCGCUUUAAAAUUACCUUCUAUUUAUGAAGAGCUGUCUGUUAUUACUGUGAUUGAUAGUAUAAUAGAGUCACAGAUUCAAGUGGAGUCUUUAAAUCGCGAGCUAGGACCCCAUCCAAAACCAUCAAUUGAAGAGGCUCCUAAGUUGGAGCUAAAAGCCUUGCCAGCUCACCUAAGGUAUGCUUAUUUGGGUACUAAUGAAACUCUGCCCGUUAUACUUUCUGCAGAAUUGUUUGAUUUACAGGUUGAGGCAGCAUUAAGAAUCUUGAAGCGGAGGAAGAAAUCAAUUGGAUGGCACAUGGCUGAUAUUCAUGGGAUUAGUCCAGCAUUAUGUAUGCACAGAAUUUACAUGGAAGAUGAUCACACACCAAGUGCACAACAUCAACGUCGUCUAAAUCCUUUGAUGAAGGAAGUAGUACGAAAGGAAGUGAUCAAGUGGCUAGAUGCUGGGGUUGUUUACCCAAUCUUUGAUAGAAAAUGGGUAAGUCCCGUGCAAUGUGUUCCCAAGAAGGGAGGUAUAACUGUGGUAAGGAACGAAAAGAAUGAGCUAAUUCCUACUAGAACAGUGACAGGGUGGCGAAUUUGUAUGGAUUACCGGAAACUUAAUGCUGCUACUCGGAAAGAUCACUACCCCGUUCCCUUUAUUGAUCAAAUGCUUGACAGGUUAACAGGGCAGGAGUACUAUUGUUUCCUAGAUGGCUAUUCAGGUUACAACCAGAUCCUAAUUGCACCAGAAGAUCAGGAGAAGACCACAUUCACUUGUCUGUAUGGUACAUAUGCUUUCAAACGCAUGCCAUUCGGACUUUGCAAUGCACCGGCGACUUUUCAAAGGUGUUUUUACAGGCGAUUUAUCAAGGAUUUUUCCAAGAUAGCAAGACCCAUGUGCAGCCUUCUGGAGAAAGCGGUGAAGUUUGACUUUAAUGAGAUGUGCUUAAAAGCUUUUGAGAUGCUGAAGAGGAAUUUAAUUGAGGCUCCCAUUUUAAUUGCCCUUAAUUGGGAACUACCUUUUGAACUCAUGUGUGAUGCGAGCGAUGUAGCAGUGGGUGCAAUGUUGGGACAAAUAAAAAAUAAAGUGUUCCACUCAAUCUAUUAUGCAAGCAAGACCCUUGAUUCUGCACAAGCUAAUUACACAGUGACUGAGAAGGAGAUGCUGGCUCUAGUGUUCGCCUUCGACAAGUUCAAAUCGUACCUAUUCAACAAGAAGGAUGCUAAACCAAGGUUGAUUCGAUGGAUACUACUUCUCCAAGAAUUUGACCUCGAAAUCAAGGAUAGGAAGGGUACGGAAAAUCAAAUAGCAGAUCACUUAUCUACGUUGGAAGAUUUUUCACAUGUGAAUGAAGGUGAGCAAAUCUGGGAAGAGUUUCUGGAUGAACGAUUAAUGGCAUUGGAUAUCUCUCAAGUGCCAUGGUAUGCGGACAUAGUGAAUGUGAUAGUAAGUGGUGAUUAUCCUCCGGGUGCUACCACUCAACAAAAGAAAAAGCUUAACCAUGAUGCUAAGUUCUACAUUUGGAAUGAACCAUUCCUGUUCAAACAAGGGGUAGACAGGGUAGUGAGAAGGUGCAUCCCGAAUUAUGAGGUUCACAAAGUGCUGAAAAGUUGUCAUGCUAGCCCAUAUGGAGGUCAUCAUGGAGGAGAACGCACUGCUCAUAAGGUACUACAAUCUGGUUUCUUUUGGCCCUCGCUAUUUAAGGAUUAUGUUGCUUUUGUGAAGGGGUGUGAUAAAUGCCAAAGUUUGGGUACUAUUUCAAGACGACAUGAGAUGCCACUCAGUAACAUUUUGGAGGUGGAAAUCUUUGAUGUGUGGGGUAUUGACUUCAUGGGUCCCUUCCCACCAUCUAGUGGAAACCAAUACAUUCUUGUGGCAGUGGAUUAUGUGAGUAAAUGGGUGAAGGUUGUAGCUCUUCCUUCCAAUGAUGCAAGGGUGGUGAUAAAGUUCAUCAAGAAGCACAUCUUCACUCGCUUUGGCACUCCAAGGGCAAUUAUAAGUGAUGGAGGUAAGCAUUUCAUUAACCAUCUUGUAAAGAAUCUUGUUGUUAAGUAUGGUAUUCGUCAUAAGGUUGCUACAGCUUACCAUCCUCAAACAAAUGGUCAAGUGGAAGUUUCAAAUAGAGAGGUGAAGCAAAUUUUGCAAAAAUCGGUGAAUGCACAAAGGAAAUAUUGGUAUGAUAAACUAGAUGAUGUGUUAUGGGCAUAUAUGACUGCGUACAAGACACCAAUAGGGACUUCUCCAUAUCACAUAGUAUUUGGGAAAGCAUGCCACCUUCCGGUGGAAUUGGAGCAUCAAGCCUAUUGGGCAAUUAAAAAGUUGAACUUCGACCCCGAGCUAGCCGAAAUUGCAUGA